AAACAAAUCCCAGUGUUGGGAGUGGCAGCGACAAGAAAUUUCUACAGGUCUGCUCGUCCAGAUUUAAGCCACUUUCAUUUUGGCCACGAGUAGGAAGGUUCUCUGUAAGACAGGGGAAGAGUCUCUGGGACCCACCCUCUCCCCACUGCUCCCGAAGAUGUGGAAACCUCUUUUUAGUAACUUUGAAAGAGGUAUUAUUACUAGCCAGAGAGAAAACGCGGUCAACUGCCUAUGUGAGUUCGUAUUUGCUUAGGGCUGAAUCUGCGCUGCACUCCCACCUUGAUUCUUGAAGUGUAGAGCAAAAAAUAAAGAGGCUCCACUGGAAAUGCAGCAAGGAUUCCUAGCACAUCCCAGUUGCCAUAGCAACAGCAGUCUUUCCCAUAAUGAGCUGCAUCAUCUGAACUGAUGUCACAGCAUCAUGCAGCAGGUCAAACAAGGCAUCUCCUAGUAUUGCAUCCUACAGAUGUGCUGUAAACAUCAAAAGAAGACACUGGGAGCAGGAGAUGCUGUUUUGGAAGGAAGUAAGGCUUAGAUUUCUUCAUGUUAACCAUGAGUGUGACACUCUCUCCACUGAGGGCACAGGACCCGGAUCCCAUGGCAACAGAUGCCUCACCCAUGGCCAUCAACAUGACGCCUACUGUGGAGCAGGAAGAAGGAGAGGGGGGACAGGCCACGACGGACGUCGAUGCUGAGCAGCAGUAUGGAAAGCCACCCCCUCUGCACACAGCAGCCGACUGGAAGAUUGUCCUGCACUUGCCUGAGAUUGAGACCUGGCUCCGGACGACCUCAGAGAGAGUCCGUGACCUGACCUACUCGGUCCAGCAGGAUGUAGACAGCAAGCAUGUGGAUGUGCACCUAGUUCAGCUCAAGGACAUUUGUGAAGACAUCUCGGACCACGUUGAGCAGAUCCAUGCCCUCCUUGAGACGGAGUUCUCCCUGAAGCUGCUGUCCUACUCGGUCAAUGUCAUUGUAGACAUCCACGCAGUGCAGCUGCUCUGGCACCAGCUCCGUGUUUCUGUGCUUGUUCUGCGGGAGCGAAUCCUACAAGGUCUGCAGGACGCCAAUGGCAACUACACCAGGCAGACUGACAUUCUGCAGGCGUUCUCUGAGGAGACAAAGGAGGGCCGGCUUGAUUCUCUCACAGAAGUGGAUGACUCAGGGCAGUUAACUAUCAAAUGUUCUCAGAAUUACUUGUCUCUGGAUUGCGGAAUUACGGCGUUUGAACUGUCAGACUAUAGUCCAAGCGAGGAUCUGCUUGGUGGCCUGGGUGACAUGACCUCUAGCCAGGCCAAAACUAAACCUUUCGACUCUUGGAGCUACAGCGAGAUGGAAAAGGAAUUCCCCGAGCUUAUCCGGAGCGUUGGGCUGCUUACAGUGGCCACCGACCCUGCCCUUUCUGGUGACGAAGCAGCCAGUGAGGCCUCAUCUCAAAUGUCUCUUUCAAAAGAGCACAAGGGUGAACCUGAGGAAGACGAUGCUCCCGCCGCUGGAGAGCAGCGAGGCUCAGCAUCCCCGAUGGCCUCCUCAGGGGACAAGCUGACAGAAACGGUUCAAAGCCCUGCAGAGACUGCCAAGCAAGACCCCAGGUCUGCUCCAACGCUUGAUGAGAAAAAGCCCCAGCCUGUUGUUCCCUGUGAAAUCCCGACUCCCAAGAGAUCUAUCCGCGAUUGCUUUAAUUAUAACGAGGACUCACCCACGCAGCCCACAUUGCCCAAAAGAGGGCUUUUCCUAAAAGAAAUUCGUAAGAAUGAGUGGAAAAGCAGUGAAGGCAAGAGGCAGCUGGUUGACCUGAAGCCCGAACUGAGCAGAAGCACCCCCUCCCUGGCGGAGCCCCCUGACAGAUCCAAGCUCUGCCUGAUCCUGCAGUCUUCCUACCCCAGCAGCCCCUCUGCCGCCAGCCAGUCCUACGAAUGUCUGCACAAGGUGGGCAUUAGCAACCUGGAAAACAUAGUCAAAAGUCACAUUAAAGAAAUGUCUUCCAGUUUGGGAAGGCUCACUGACUGCCACAGAGAGAAAGCUCGGCUGAAGAAGCCGCAGAAGACCUUGGCCGAGGAACCUCUGUGCCGAACACCUAAAAGGGGCAGCGCUUCAGGGAGGCAAGCGGCGGUCAGGAGCCCAGCGGCUCUGAGCACGGUGCCUCCUGCAGCUCCCACGGCCGUGAGCCCAGAGGCGGAUUCCACCUGUGCGUCCUCAGCCGAGCUGUGCCUUCAGAGGAGCUACAGUGCGCAAUUACCAGUGCAGCCGGAGGCCUCCACUUCACCGGCGUGCGCUCACAGCGGCCACUCCUCUGUUGGCUCGGACAACACCAGUUCUCCAGUUGCUCUGCUUUCUAGAAACGAAAGCCAAGGAGACUCCUCCCCUGCUCCGAGUCACGGCACACAGAACGGCCAGGUAGUGGAGGCCUGGUACGGCUCUGAGGAAUACCUAGCGCUACCCUCUCAUCUGAGACAGACAGAGGUGUUAGCUCUGAAACUGGAAAACCUAACCAAGCUUCUGCCCCAGAAGCCCAGGGCAGAGACCAUCCAGGAUAUUGAUGACUGGGAACUGUCCGAAAUGAAUUCCGAUUCUGAAAUCUAUCCAACCUACCAGAUUAAGAAAAAUCACACAAGGCUGGGCAGGGCGUCCCCAAGCUCAUGCAGUGACAUAGCCUCUUCUCUUGGUGGGAGCAUUGAGUCUGGGCCCCUGAGUGACAGUCUUUCUGAUGAGGACUGUAUGCCUCUCUCUGGCGUGAAAAAAUUCACUGAUGAGAAAUCAGAGAGACCUUCAUCCUCUGAGAAGAAUGAGAGCCAUUCUGCUACAAAAUCAGUUUUCAUUCAGAAACUAAUACAAGAUAUUCAGCACCAGGACAACUAUGAAGCCAUAUGGGAAAGAAUAGAGGGGUUCGUGAGCAAGCUGGACGAGUUCAUUCAGUGGCUAAAUGAAGCCAUGGAGACCACUGAGAACUGGACUCCGCCUAGAGCAGAGACGGACAGCCUUCGGCUGUACCUGGAGACACACUUGAGUUUCAAGUUGAAUGUAGACAGUCACUGCGCCCUCAAGGAGGCCGUGGAGGGGGAAGGACAGCAACUCCUCGAGCUCAUUGCGUCCCACAAAGCAGAAGGACUGAAGGACAUGCUGAAGAUGAUUGCAAGUCAAUGGAAGGAGCUGCAGAGGCAAAUCAAACGGCAACACAGCUGGAUUCUCAGAGCUCUGGACACCAUCAAAGCCGAGAUACUGGCUACUGAUGUGUCUGUGGAGGACGAGGAGGGGACGGGAAGCCCCAAGGCGGAGGUUCAGCUCUGCUACCUGGAGGCACAAAGAGACGCCGUGGAGCAGAUGUCCCUCAAGCUGUACAGCGAGCGGUACACCAGUGGCAGCAAGAGGAAAGAGGAGUUCGCUGACAUGUCUAAAGUGCCUUCGGUGGGAAGCAAUGGGCUUCUGGACUUUGAUUCAGAAUAUCAGGAGCUCUGGGAUUGGCUGAUUGACAUGGAGUCCCUUGUGAUGGACAGCCACGACCUGAUGAUGUCAGAGGAGCAGCAGCAGCAUCUUUACAAGCGGUACAGUGUGGAAAUGUCCAUCAGGCAUCUGAAAAAGACAGAGCUACUUAGCAAGGUUGAAGCUUUGAAGAAAGGUGGCGUCUCACUACCAAAUGAUCUCCUGGAAAAAGUCGAUUCAAUUAAUGAAAAAUGGGAACUGCUUGGGAAAACCCUAAGAGAGAAGAUACAGGACACAAUGGCAGGACACAGUGGGUCGGGCCCACGGGACCUGCUCUCUCCAGAAAGCGGAAGCCUGGUCAGGCAGCUGGAGGUCAGGAUCAAAGAACUGAAAAGGUGGCUAAGAGAUACAGAGCUUUUCAUCUUCAAUUCCUGCCUGAGACAAGAGAAGGAAGGAACGAGCCCCGAGAAACAACUCCAAUACUUUAAGUCCCUCUGUCAUGAGAUCAAGCAGCGGCGGCGAGGAGUGGCCUCCGUCCUGAGGCUGUGCCAGCACCUUCUGGAUGACCGGGACACCUGCAAUCUGAACGCAGACCAUCAGCCCAUGCAGCUGAUCAUUGUAAACCUGGAGAGACGGUGGGAAGCCAUCGUCAUGCAGGCUGUCCAGUGGCAGACACGGCUGCAAAAGAAGAGGGGACAGGAAUCCGAGACUUUGAAUGUGAUCGAUCCUGGCUUGAUGGACCUGAAUGGAAUGAGUGAGGACGCCCUGGAAUGGGAUGAAACAGAUAUAAGUAACAAACUGAUUAGUUUGCAUGAAGACUCAAAUGACAUUGAUCAAGACGCAGAGCCUGUGAAGCUCGAAGAGACGCACGAGGAGCCUGGCUGUGAGGAGGAGGCCGGCGGCCUCGGAGGGUCUCUGUAUGCCUCCAACAUCGCUGCACCUUCCAGCCCACACGUUUACCAAGUGUACAGUCUUCACAACGUUGAGCUCCACGAGGACAGCCACGGUCCGUUCCUGAAAAGCAGCUCCAAGCUUCCAGGCACAGCACAGCCUACUGGUUUAACCAAGAGCCUCAGUAAAGAUUCUUCCUUUUCAUCCACAAAAUCAUUGCCAGAUCUUUUAGGGGGGUUCAGUUUGGUGAGGCCUUGCCAAUGUCACAGUGGGGACGUGAGCCAGAAUUCAGGCAGUGAGAGUGGAAUCGUCAGUGAAGGAGACAACUCUGAAAUGUGCUUGUUCAGUACGGUAGAUGGGUCUCCAAGUAACUCUGAAACCGAACAUCUGGGCCCACAAAUGGGAGAUGCAGUCAGCACGGUAGAGCAAAAAUUUAAAGACGAGAGGAAAUGCAUUAAGCUUCGAAGUAUCUCUCAGGCACCCACCUCACCAGUGGGUUGUGUAAGUGGAAAAGCUGGAGAUUUAAACAGUGUUACCAAACAUGCUCCUGAUUGUUUGGGAGAAGAAUUACAAGGAAAACAUGAUGUGUUUACAUUUUAUGAUUACUCAUACCUCCAAGGCUCAAAACUCAAAUUACCGAUGAUAAUGAAACAGUCACAAAGUGAAAAGACACACGUGGAAGAUCCCCUUCUUUGUGGUAUUUAUUUUGAUAAAAAAUCCUGCAAAUCUAAACAUCAGGCUUCAGAGUUACAACCAGAUGCACCUCUCCAUGAAAGGAUUUUGGCAAGUGCACCCCACGAAAUGGGUCGCAGCUCAUAUAAAAGUAACGACAUAGAGAAGACCUUCACAGGCAUUCAGAAUGCCAGACAGCUCUCCCUUUUAUCUCGUAGCUCAUCUGCAGAGUCCCUUUCUCCAGGGGCUGAUUUGUUUGGAUUGGGAAUCUUUAAAAAUGGCAGUGACAGCCUCCAGCGAAGCACUUCCUUAGAAAGUUGGUUGACAUCUUAUAAGAGCAAUGAGGAUCUUUUUAGCUGUCACAGCUCUGGGGACAUCAGUGUGAGCAGUGGCUCAGUUGGUGAGCUGAGUAAGAGAACAUUAGACCUUCUGAAUCGUCUGGAGAAUAUCCAGAGCCCUUCAGAGCAAAAGAUCAAGCGAAGUGUUUCUGACAUCACUCUCCAAAGUAGUUCCCAAAAGAUGUCCUUCACUGGCCAGAUGUCACUGGAUGUCGCAUCUUCUAUCAAUGAAGACUCAGCAGCAUCUCUUACAGAACUGAGUAGCAGUGAUGAGCUCUCUCUUUGCUCAGAGGAUAUUGUAUUACACAAAAACAAGAUCCCAGAAUCAAAUGCAUCAUUCAGGAAGCGCCUGAACCGCUCAGUGGCUGAUGAAAGCGAUGUCAAUGUCAGUAUGAUUGUCAACGUCUCCUGCACCUCAGCUUGCACUGAUGACGAAGAUGACAGUGACCUCCUCUCCAGCUCCACGCUCACCCUGACUGAAGAGGAGCUAUGCCUCAAGGAUGAGGGUGAUGGCUCCAGUAUUGGAACAGAUGAUGAGAUCUAUGAAGAAAGCAGCCUGAUGUCCGGGCUGGACUACAUAAAGAACGAGCUGCAGACUUGGAUAAGACCAAAAUUUUCCUUGACAAGAGAAAAGAAACGGUGCAGUGUCACUGAUGAAUUAAAGGGCAAUAAAGAUGGAGGAAGUAACGAGAAGGUCAAUCCCUCAGACACCCUGAACAUUGAGGCCCUUCUCAAUGGCUCCAUAAAAUGUCUCUCUGAAAACAAUGGAAAUGGCAAAAGUCUACCCAAAACUCAUGACUUAGGAACAAAAGGUGAGAGCAACAAAAAUGCUUAUGAAGUUAGUAAAGAUCCACUUGUGGCUGACAUGGAAAAUGGCAAUAUUGAAAGUGCUCCAGAAAGACAAAAGGAAAAGCCACAGACAGUUCCAGAGGCAGCGGAGAACCUUAGUUCUAAUGUGAGAAAGAUUUCUGAGCCCAAGCACACUGAGUGUAAAGCAGUAACGGAUGGUUCCAAGGAUUCACGUGUCAUUGGAAAGGAAUUUGGUCCCCCAAAUGAUAGACUUCUUCCACAGAUGGAUCUAAAUAUCCAGCAUUCUGAAAACCAAAGCACAGACUGCACGCCCGUUGAGAACUCAUGCCCAGAAAUAAUGUUAGAAACCAGAGUUGAAAGCAGACAAGACAGGGAUGGACUAAAAUCUUUGUCUAAUGAUGCACCAAGUGAGGCUAGAAAAUCUGCUGGUUGCUGCCUGCUCGAACAAAAUGAGACGGAGGAAAGUGCUUCUAUCAGCAACAGCACUUCCUGUUGCAACUGUGAGCCAGAUGUCUUCCAUCAAAAAGAUGAUGAAGAUUGUUCAGUACAUGACUUUGUUAAGGAAAUCAUUGACAUGGCAUCCACAGCCCUAAAAAGCAAAUCUCAACCUGAAAGUGAGGUAGCUGCUCCCACAUCAUUAACUCAAAUUAAGGAGAAAGUGUUAGAACAUUCCCACCGGCCCAUCCACCUGAGAAGGGGGGAUUUCUACUCCUACUUAUCUCUUUCAUCCCAUGACAGUGACUGUGGGGAGGUCACCAGUUACGUAGAUGAGAAGAGCAAUACUCCAUUGCCACUGGACACUGUGGAUUCUGGCUUGGAUGAAAAGGAAGACAUCGAAUGCUUCUUUGAAGCAUGUGUUGAGGAUGACCCUGUUGAUGUGAAGGCCUGUUUCCCUAGUCCCCUUCCCAACGAGCCAGCACUUCCGGAGGAAGCUGCUAAGCCAGUACAGAUGACAGCAAGCUCUCCUGUGUUGAGUGAUGACACAGACCUGCUGGCUCUCUCAGGACCUUCCCCUCAGAAAGGAGCUGAUGACGGGAAGGAAGGAGAUGGUGUGUCCCAUACUUCCCAGGGCUGUACAGAGAGUUCAAAGCUUACAGCUCCUUCAGGAAGGGUCAGUAAAGAGGAGAGUUCAAGAAACCAAGGUGAAUCAGGGAUGCCAGAAGAAAACGCUGCUUCAGCCAAAUCGAAAAUUCAAGCUUUCCCUCUGAAUCCAAAACAGCCAAAAGGCAAGGCUGUGUUGUAUCCCAUCCCCCACACUUUAACCUGUAAAGAAAAGCUUGUAAGCUUUCAUGAAGACCGACAUAGCAACACGCAUAGGUAGAAUGCAGCCCCCCGAGCAUGGAAAUCAUCUCAUUGAAAGAUCGCUAGCAGGUGAUUCCCAGACCUCCAGCAUCCUGAAAGGGCUUCCUUCGGUAAAUGGUAGAAACCUCACUGAAACCUCUUCCUGUCACCUUUUUGUUUCCUAUAGAUAGCCUGGCUGCAGCUCACGGCUGGCCUCCUUUCCCCUGGGCUGGUCUUGGGUUCCACCCGGCUGUCACUGCCGCCCGCCACAUCGACGUUCUGAAGAUGAACCUUUUUUCCGAAUGUGGUCUGUCCGUGUGGGCCUUGUGAUCAGAUGUGCAUUGCUUCUCUUAGGUGACUGUCUUAGUUCCAUAAAGCUGCUUGCUCUCCCAUGGAUUCCUGUCCCAAGCUACCUCUGCCAACCUAAUCUCUCCAGCAGACUUCUGUUUGUCCCUCCUCUCCCCUCCUGUUAAGCUCUGUGGUUCCACAAAUUGAUGGUUCAUUAAACCCGCUGUUUGGAAUGACACCCCUCCCCAUCAGUACUUGACCAAUUUUAUGUUUUACUCUGAAACUUUUCAUGGUAUUAUACCUAUGUUUGUUGAAAGAGAUUUACCUAAAAAGCCAGCCAUUGAUUUGAUUGUAGUAUAGAGGGGAUACAUUGGUCCUUAUUACAAAAUAAGUGAUGUUUAAAAGCGCCAUUUUAAUUAUUUAAUUUUAAUAAUGAUCUAUGCAGCACUUUACGAAACAGCUGUAACAGUGUUGUAGAUUAUAAACUGGUACAUUCUACUAUUAAGUUUGUUUUGUUUCUAUGCUUCUUGAGGUGGUAAGGAGAAAAAUGUUUUUAAAACAGUGUGCCUUGCUGUAUUUCUUAUACCAUUUAUUAAAAAGCUGCUCUCGUGGUAAUAUUACACUGGUUUGAAAGGAGGAAAUAGCAAGGUUAAGAUGUGUGAGUAAUUUCUGUAUAUAUGUGUAAGCUAGUACAAACCCUGAUGUAUGGCAGUAUAAAAUGCUUUCAUGUUUGUGGUAUCCAGUGAUGCGGAGAACACAAGCCUUAAACCCAUUCGAUUGCAUGAUAAUUAAAAUUGGCAUAAUAAAAAUAGCUUAUUAGGGGAAAGGAAAAUUAAUGAUUUCUUCUACCUUUGUUCUUUACCAAAUUCUUGCAUCUGGUUCUGGAAAAGAGAAAAAUAAAUAACAAUAAUAAUAAUAAUAAUAAUAAUAAACAUGUAUCAGCUUCCAAAACAUCCACAUUGCACAAAGGCUUAAGUUGCUUAAACUACAGACUAGGCCUGAAGCCUUCAUAGUUUUUAAAAUCUUUCUGUUUUACUGUAAACAUCCUGAAAUAGCAAAUGUUUAAAGGCCAUUUCCCCUACAUCAACAAAAUAUUAUUCUAAAUAUUUUUAUUUCUACUUGUUAUUGGUUUAAAGUUGUAUUUGGAGAUCUUUUACAUGUCCUAAUUUAUUUUAAAUAAUUAUUUGAAUGGAUUUGGUAGAUGGUAGAAAAGUAUAGAAAAUUUGACUAUUAUUUUUAUUUAAAGUAUAGAUUUCAGGUGUAUUUAUUUUAUUAAGUAAAAUCAACAGAGAAAUACUCCAUUUGGUCGUUUUUGGCUUGAAAAAGUCGUCUUUUAAUUUAUAGCAUAACUCCUACUAAAGUGCCUGACACACAGUAGGUAUGACAUAGAAUCUGGUACGCAGUAGCUAUCGGUAGAGUCUGCUGAGUAAGAGUAUUGACUGAGGCAACAUGGGAUACAUACAUACAUACCUAUAUGUAUAUAUAUAUUCUCAUUCUGAGAUUCCGUCAUUAAAACAUAUGGCUAUAAAAAGAUGUGCAGAGUAAAACUACACAUCGCAUGUGGUCAGAUUUCAAAAAGGAGAGAGAACAGACAGAAGUGUAUGCGCACGGAAAUGACAGUCAUUCAUUCGGUAGAUCACUCACUAGCAUUUUUGUCUGCAAGCCACUCUUCUAGAUUCAGGGAACGCAGCUAUGAAUGGUGCACUGCCUUUGCAGGCUUAGCUAUGCCAGAUGCGAAGUGACGACACACAGACAACAUGCCGUCCUGGCCCACAGGCAGGAAGAAAGCAAGUGUAGUGAAGAGGUCACAGCAGCGAGGGACAGGUAAAGAGAGAGGCCAGGAGAGAGCAACAGUCAGAGGAUCGAAUACUGGUCGGGGUUCACUAAGGUGUGAUGGGAGAAGAGGCCAAAUGGAGGCCUAAAAGGUGUUAUGGAGCUGACUUGGAGCUUUUGUGCAGUGUUCUGGGUAUCGGAUACCGGGUAGUUUGCUUGGGGCUUCAUGUUACUUUGUGAUUGGAACUUUACUAGCACCAUCCCAAGGACACUUAAGUACCACUUGUCUGUAAUUUCACCACCUUAACAAUUUUGUGUGGGUUUUGCCCCUUCUAACUUCUGCACACACUCUUAAAUAGAUGGCUUUUAGACGCGUAGUGAGUUCUUCCGAAGGAGUCUUAGACAGACAUCUAGUCAGAGUGUUCACAGGGACGGCAAAGGAGAGAGGUUAGAUGUGACCAUGGAGUGGGGGAGGUGAGGGAAACUAGCUAGAGUCAAGGCAAUAAGGAGCAGGGGAGUAGCAGCCUGAGAUACGGAGAAAGGCAGAUCCUAGAGCCCAGGAAAUAGCUGAACAUUUUGAACCUGUUGGGAUAUGGUAUUAUAUUACGUACUGGGACAACCUGAAUUUCUCGUGGUCAGUAACUAAGGUCAAGUCUGUGGAUAUCAGGAAGACAUAGAAUUAAUGGGCCACGGUGUGCUGUUUGCACCUUAUGUACUCAUAAAGACUUGGAAUUUGAAAAUAUUUAUUAGUUAUCUACUUAACACUAACACCAAAUUUUAGACUUUUGGGUUUAUUGAUGUCUUUUCCAGUCAGAAGACAUGGAAGAGCCUCACCCUGACAUCCUUCCCCCCCCAUAGACAUUACCUUCCCAGUUGCCCUUGAAAACAGCUCACUUUGUUUGUAUUGAUCCAACCAACUCUAUCUACACAUGUCCCACAACAAGAGUUGUUAUUUGGUAAAGCAAAGUGUCCCCGUUGGGCAUGUGCUUCCUUUAGAAAGUGCUUUCUUCGGUUCCUAAAGAACACAGGGUGAGCCUCCCCCUUUCAGUUUUGCUCCUUGGACCUGAGCAGCAGCUCAGAGAACUCCUGUUCCCUCCAUCUCGUGGCCACCCUUCGGGUAAUUGAGGACAGUUACUCUCUUUCCCAGGCACUGUUCCUCCAACUGCCCUUCAUAUGUCACGAAUUCAGAUCCAUUUCAACCUGACUGAAUGUUAACAGACAGAACCCUUGAAGCCAAGGGACUGUCUUCAUCACAUAUGUAGAGAAAUGUCUGGACAUUUAAGUGCUACGUUUUCUCAAAAAUAUAUUCAAGAUAUAUGUUUAUUCUAUUAUUGUAAAUUUUAAUAAAUAAACAAGUGAAUAAAAUAAGAAUCCAUGACUUCCUUCAGUGGUCCAGUCUAGUGCUGGAGUCAUCUUGAGUCUUUUCGCUUACAUUGGACCUAAAAUUGACAUUUUCAUGUAAAACAGAUUCGCCCUUCCAUUACUUAACUUAUUCAUUCGGUCAUUCAAACAUUCACGGAGAAGCCACUUGCGUGAGGCAUAAUGUGGCUUCAGAUAUACAAAGACAACUGAAGCAUGAUGUAUGUUUACAGCUUUCUCUCUGAUCAUAGCCUCGAAGAGAGUCAUUAUGACUUUUAAAGGCCCACUUACUUUGCCUCUUCUCUAGUCUGUCUACACCUUCAGAAGUCAGUGAGCAAACGGAUAACAUCAUGUGGUCUGGAUGGACCUGGGAGAAGCAGCGAAGUGGUUUUAAUUUCAGAGGAAAAAAGUAUUUUUCAGAUUUUUUUUUUGUUCUUCAACAAACCAGCAGCAGUCUGACUCUAGGGCCUGUCACAGCCCAACUUUGACUGUUCUGUGGCUUGGUUCACUCAGCUCAGGUUUCAGCUGUUCUACAGCAGCUGAGAAGAAAGUGGAUGACGAUAGCAAACAAGGAGGUGGUCCAGCUGGUUCUUACAGGUAAACUGCACUCACUUCUGAACGAGACUGAAGUACAUGAGAGUUUUAGAGAGCCAGUAACCUCCGAGUAUCACCACUUUUAUGUUUGAACUAGAACCUGGACCACCAAAGUUUACAAUGAUUUCUCUUAAAUCAUAUACACAUAGUUUCCCCCAUUUUUAUUUUGGUAGUUUCAGACCUAUGGAAAAGCCAAAUGGUACAAGAACAAUGUCUCUGUACAAAUCACUAAGAUACAUUUACUAUUAAUUUCUGAUCUCACUCUCUUCCUCUUCACAUCACACAUCUUUCUCUCUCUUUCCCUCUCAUCCACAUGCACACACAUUAUCUUCUUAUAUAAUUUUACCAUUUAAAAUUUAUUUGUUGAUCAUAACACUUCAUUUGUGAAGAUGAGCUAAUAUGACCAUAAAUAAAGGCAUUUUCUAUAAGUCUUUAACACCAUACAAUAUCACUCAGUAAUCCUUACUAUAUUUUCUCUAUUUUCAAGAUAUGUUCUUUUUUUGUGUGCCUUUACCUUCAAUCUAGUGCCCAAACAAUAACCACAUAGGCCUUUUAGCUUUGUAUCUUCUUGAUCAGUUUUUCAUAUGCUCAGUCCCAUUUUGGUCCUCACCAUAUCGGCAUUUUUGAAGAGCUCAGAUCAGUUUUAUAGGAUGGUUCACAACCUGGAUGAGUCUAGCUAUCUCAUCACUGUAAAUCUCAGGAUGAAUUGGCUUUUGUCGCUAUAGCGUAUGGAUGGAUGAUGCCAUGUUCAAAUCUUGUCUGGAGUGGGAAUGGAUCACUUACAUUCUUGAGUCACAUUUUUCUUUUGUUUUUCCAAGGCAGGGGGUUAGCAAACUAUGGCCCAUGGGCCUAAUUCAACCCAGUGCCUGUUUGUCUUUGACCUGGGACCUAAGAAUGACUUUUACCUUUUUAUGUGACUGAAAAAAUACAAAUAAAAAAAUGUUUCAUGAUAUGUGAAAAUGAUAAGAAAUUCAAAUUUUCAUGUCAGUCAAUAAGGUCCUAUUGGAACACACACGGAUCCACAUAUUUGUUUACAUAUAGUUACUUUUACACUCUAACUACAGAGUAACUUUGCUUUAGCAAAAGCUGAGUGGUCAGGACAUCGGAGAUGUUUCCUAUGUGACCCACUGGAAACUCUUUUCUGAUCCCUUGUCUAUGGAAUUAGAGCCUCUGGUACAAUUUUCUCAGAGGCAGAUAGACUACAACUUGUAAAGUCAACUUGUAAAGGACAUAGAACAUACCAAUUUUUCUUUAGAUUUUUGGGUUUUGUUUUGUUUUGUUUUGUUUUGUUUUGUUUUGGGACAGGGUUUCUCUGUGUAGCCCUGGCUGUCCUGGGCUUUGUAGAGCAGGCUAGCCUCAAACUCUCAGAGAUCUGUCUGCCUUUGCCUCCUAAAUGCUGAGAUUAAAGGCAUGUGCCAUCACACUCAGCCUUGUAGAUUUUAUUACAUUGCCAAUUUCAGUUCCAUGAAGAGUGAAUGCUACAUUGAUUUUCUCAAAUCAGGAUUCUGUUAUCUUCUAAGGCAGAGGUCAGCCAACUAGAGCUAUGGACCAAAUACAGUUUUCAUCUGACAAAGUGCACUUUGUUUUAUAAACUAAAGGAUUUAAGAAUAAACAUCAGUAAUUUAAGAAUUUUAAUUUAGUUCACCAUUACUGAUCAUUUUGGAAUUUAGUCAGUUAUAGAUUGGAUAUUUAGUGCAAUCAAGAUCACCAGAAAAAUUGGUACAACCUAAACUCGAUGCACCAUUGAGUUGAGAUCUUUUCUCUAAGUGUUUAUCUAAAGCAGUCGAAAGUAUUAAGCCAGGUUAUUUCAUAUUCUCUUUUUCAAAUUUAUUUUCAUCCCCAACAUUAACAGUUAUAUAACACUUUAAUUCCCUCACCAUACACAAAAAGCUUCAUGUGCCAAGGAAAUGGGUAUCCAGUUGAGACCCUGUGGUGGCCGUGGGUAGACACUCUCAUUGAAUGGAAGAGUGGAGGAGAUCAGUCUGGUAGUUUCUCUACUGAUUUCUGCAGGCAGCUGUGUCUCACAUAGCAGGGGAACACCCAAGUAAGCCGUGCAGGUGCCUCUUUAACAACAACCACACGCUUUCCACAUAGCAAAUGCCUCUUUGAGUGUCCAAAGGAAAAUGAUAUGAUAUGUGUAGAUCAGGUCUGUGACAGGUUUCUUUAGCAAUGGCAUGCUAGGUAAGGUCUCGAGAUCUUGUGACUCUCCAUCUUGGCCUCCCACCAAAACAGAAAGUGUACAGCUUGUUUAUACUUGUGCUUUGAAAUCAAUCAGGGCCACACAACACAACAUUCUUUAGGUUCUUUGUCAGGGCAGCAUACAUGUAAGCUUGGGCGGUCAUCACACAUGUGAAGUUGCUUUAGUCCAUUGUGGCUGUUACAACAAAAUACUUUAUUCUGGGAAAUUUGUAAACAAGGAAAUUCUUAGCUAGACAAUCUGGAAGCUGAGAAGCCGGAGGUCAGGACAAGAAGGCUCAGUGUCUGGGGAGAGCCUGCUCCCUGCUUUAUUGAUGGCAUUCGUGGGUCUUCCUCACAGGAAGGGAUGAGGAACAGGCUCCCUCAGCCUUCAUCCGGUUUACAACUUAACUACCCUCCAAAGCCCCCUAACACUGUUGCACUGGGGAUGGGGUUUGAACAUGGAAUCUUAGGGCUACAGACAUUCAGAACAUAGCACAGGCAUUUGCAGGUUUUCUGGAAAUUGUCAGUAAACAGUUUCCACUGAAGAGGCUAUUCUGUUCUUUUCUCGCCCACUUGAGAAAGGCAACGACACAGUUGAUUGAAAUAAUAUUGUCUUACUGGCAGCCUAAAAACUGUCUAAUUUGUUCUUUUAACAAGUUAUCUUUAAUGUGUUGUGUGUUAUUUUUGAUUAGCAACAUUGUAACAUUAUGUUUAAGACAUAUUAAAUUGGAGGUGGUCCCAAGCCUGGAAAGGGUCCCAAAGCACAAGAGAGCCAGCCCUGUGCAAACUGUGUCUGAACAGCCCCAGUUUAUCCACAAUCAGGAUGGGUUUGAGCUGUGGGGAGUAGGAGCUUCAGAAAAAAUGGUAUUCAGAACAGAGACGUGAAGCAUUGUGGAGCUUGGACUCCAUCAGAGUUGAAGUGGACAGUCCAGGCCAUCUGGCCCCGGGGACCUUGCUCAGCAGGAACUCUGGGGCGGGAGAGGAUGACUGCACCCCAGGUGUGCCCCAAAUCAUGUCUCUCCACCCAAGCCACUGUACUGCUCAGUCCCCUGCCGUGCGGUCUCCGUUCGUCUGGUAUGGGGAAGCUGGACCGGAAGCCUCAGGAAUAAAUUCGGAUAUUUUUCCAUAUCGUAAGGACACACACAAUACUGCUCAUUAAUUUAGUGCAAAUGAGUAAUACAGUUUAGCAUAAACUAUGUUAAAAUUAUCAAAACUUUUCUUUGCAUUUAAUCUGCCAUUUUAAACAAAACACAACUCCAUAAACAAAUGGGUAAUUAUAGAUGUAAAGUAUUAUUCAGCAAGAUUUAUUCAAGGUCUUAAAUGAUUCAGGCAUUAAGAACAUAAAAAUGCUCAAAAUCCUCUGUAAACCCAAUAUUCCCUAAGUGCUGGUUUAAAAAAUAUUCAGGUUUAUAGAAUUAGUAUGGUUCUAAUAGUUGAUCAAGUUACUUAAACUAAGUCAGAAAUUCAAAGUAAAUCAUUCCUUUUGUGUGCAUUUCCUGACAAAUAUGUGUCAUUUAUUUAAAAAAAUCUUUAAAUAAAAAGCCAAGUUGCUGGAA